AUGCAAACAACAGCUAGACGACGACCUUCACUAAACGUAACUCGUACCCGUGAUACUGAUUAUGGUAUUAGGAGACAACCCUCGUAUGACUUUCCUUCUUCGUCCUCGUCUUCUCAAAUAUAUAACCCAGCUCAUAGACCAAGCCCCUUGAGUUCGUCUUUUACUCUCAAGAAUCAGCGCGCGCAAGAACCACCGAGUCCAGAACACGUUCUCUCGCAAUACUACGAAAGUUGUGAAGAUAAAAAUCAAAAUGCAAAUAUAUCACCUGCAAACAACUAUUCUAGACGACGUGAGAGAGUAGAGCGUAGACACUCCGAAGAUGAGAAUGUUAAUAACUUGGCCAUUCCAUCCUACGGUAGACUUAGCAGAUCCCGCAAUCGAUCGCCAUCUCCUUCUGGGAGCAGUAUUGCUGAGACAAGAUGUUCAUCACUAAGCAGUUUCUCGGGCGAUGAUGUUCUUCAGUCACCUAAUUCUAUAGCUCCUAGUUACCUGUCUCGCACUUUGGAAAGAACCCCAUCCAGCACAUCCAUGAAGGAUCAUAUGAAUAUGUCUAAUUUCAAUUAUGGAUUUGUGAAUGGGGCUGGCCGGAACAGCGAUAGUAUAUUAUAUAUGGCUGUUGAUCUUGAUUCGAGCAUCGUAGAUCUCUUUGACAGACGAGGUUUCUUUAUUAGGGAUCAGUAUGGAUUUAAGAAAUCGUAUCAAUGGAUAAGUCGGGAGAAGUAUGCAGAAUUUGAAGCAGUGUAUUCACGAAUUCAGGCAAGACGUAAAAUCAAGUGGGAUGCACUGUUGACAGAAAAUGGUGGCUUGUUUCCCAGUAGGAAUAGCAAAAUAAAGAGAUAUAUUAGGAAAGGUAUUCCGCCUUCUUUGCGCGGACAGGUAUGGUUUCAUUACAGUGGUGCCGAAACAAAAAUGAAAGUUCAUCCUGGUUUGUAUGACAUGCUCGUAAUGAAAUCAUUGGACCCAAAGACACAGAAUGAAUAUGCAGAAAUCAUUGAGCGCGACCUCCAUAGAACAUUUCCCGAGAAUAUCAAAUUCAAAGCAACCACAGAUUUUACAGACGAUCCUUCAUCAACUCUUGCGACUGAGAAUGUCCCAAUGAUUCAAUCACUUAGGCGUGUUCUCGUUGCAUUCUCUUUGUUCUCUCCUAAUAUUGGAUAUUGUCAAUCUCUUAACUAUGUUGCUGGUCUGCUUCUUUUAUUCAUGGAGGAAGAGAAAGCUUUCUGGACUCUUGUUACAAUGAUACAUGAUUACCUUCCAGAAAAUAUGUAUGAUGUUACAAUGGAAGGAUCUAAUGUAGAUCAGGCCGUGUUAAUGAUGUUUAUAAUGGAGAAGAUGCCUCACAUAUGGAGUAAACUGAGUGGCGGAUUUGGAUGGGAUAUGGAGAAGUUAGAUGGGAAUAUGCCUAUUAUAACUCUUGUUACGAGUCACUGGUUUUUGACUUUAUAUAUACAUAUCCUCCCCAUCGAGACGAUGCUGAGAGUUUGGGAUUGCUUCUUCUAUGAGGGAAAUAAGGUACUCUUUCGGGUGGCAUUAGCGAUCUUUAAGUCGAAUGAAAAUAAAAUUCUUGCUGUUGAAGAUGCAAUGGAAGUUUUCCAAACAGUACAGAACAUUCCUAAAGGCAUAAUCGAUUGUCACAAGCUAAUGGGGAUAUGUUUCCGUCGACGGAAAGUGGGUUGUGAUAUAACUCGUAAAGAGAUCGAGAGACGUCGCAAUUUCUUCCGUGAAAGACGGAAGAAGCGGGUUGAAACAAUGCUGUACAGGAAAUGA